AUGGCGAGGUGCCCUGUGCCGUGGGGCAAGCCGCUUGGCAGAGGCUGUGGGGCUGAGGAGGGAAGGAAGGAAGGAGGGAAGACAUCGCCAUGAGGAGACCGGGCCGGGACAAGCCGGGCUGGGCAGGGCUGGGCAGGGCAGGGCGGGCAGCUCGGUGGCGGGUAGCUCGCUCCGCCCAGCGCCAUGCCCGCGGGGCUUUCUGCCGGCAGCCAGCCGGUUUAUAAAGCGGGCGGGACCCGCACAUUUUUUAAAAAAAUAAAAAAUCUCUCGGCUCUGCGCCUUCCUGCGACCCGGCUGGGCUGGGAGGUGAUGGGACGGCGCUGGGGGCCCGCCCGAGGAGCGGCGGCGGGGACAGGUAACGAGGGGAGCGGGGCCGGGGGGCUCCCGCGGCCGGCUCUGGACGGGAGCUUUCGGCGUGUUACGGGUGCGCUCUCCCUGCCGGCUCUGCGGAGAAGUUGCUCGUCCCACAGGUUGUUUUUAUGUUUUUAUUUUUAUUUUUAUUUCCUUCCAGGUGGGACAUAGCGCUUGGGAGGGCGGCAGGCGUGGUGGCGCUCAGGGAGGGGGGUGGCAGUGUCAUGGGGGUGGCUUUUUUUCACUCAGAAGUAAUUUCCAGCCGGGGAUAAACUCGCUCACAGCACGGUGUAGGAGAUCAGGCUGCUUGUCGUGCUGGCCCGGAGAGCCCACAAAGUUAGGAUGGGUGUGGGAAUCACAGAUACAGGUUUGUGCUCUUCCAGCCUCUAAGCCCCGCCGAUGCCCCCGAUGCCCUUCCUGUCACUGGAGGGGUUUCGAUGCCCUGAGGGCUGCUGAGAAAGCUCACGUGUGAUUCAGAGAGUGCUGGGGCACACCGAGAAAAUCUGGCUUUAACUUUGAAAAAAAAAAAAAAAGAAGGAAUAGCCUUGCAAUAGCCUUGUUUCAUAGCACUCCUUUGCUUAGUGGAAAUGUUGGUGUGUGUGCUUGUUUCAGCACUGAGCCUUUUGUCCCCUUAACUUUUUGAGUAUUUCCGCUGUUGCCUGUAACGAAACUCCGCCAGAGUUUCUCCUAGUAAUUAAGUGCUGCCUACAGAUGCGGUAAGCAAGGCGUACAGGAGUACAAGUGCUAAAACUUAGAAGUUGUAGUGGCUUUUCCCGCUCUGAUGGCAGCAACACCUUUAUCAGAAUAGGGCUCUAGGUUAUCGUUACUUGUUAUCUGCCAGCCAGACCUCGGGAUAGGACCCAAGACAAAUCCACAAUACUGCUUCGCCCCUCCUUGGGUACAAACCAUCAUUGCUUUCGAAAAUCGAUUUUCAUUCUGAAAGCUGCUUUGUGCUACUUCAUCUCAGAACAGUCUCCAGGACAACUUUGCUCUUUGAAAACAGAACAAAUCUCUUCCCAGACAGAAGGAGCGUUCCUGGAAUACGAUUUGCACAAGAACACCAGGAAUUUGUGAAUAAUCCGACAGACCAGCCUGUGAUUUGCUGUCAUAAACUAGGUCGCACAGUUCAUCAUUCAUUGAACAGCCAGCUUGGCACAAGGUUAUCUCCACAGCUGAAAAGCAGCUGUGCCACUCCUGAGAUCUUGGUAACAUAUGCAGUUGUUCCUGGCAUCACAGAUAAUUACGAUUGAGGAAUGUGUAGUCCCAAUUUGUUUAGCAUCAAUCUGUGAUAGAUUAUCAAGUGAGUAAAUAUUUUCAGGAGAUUGCUUGAACAGUGUUUUUUCAAUUCAACUACUUAACUAGUUGUAAGUGUUGUGGGUGGGUUGUUUGUUGGUUUUUUGUUUGUUUGUUUUGGAGCGGGGUGUACCCUGUCCAGGUGUGGCACAUGCAUUUCCAUUGAGCCAGCGUCACUCUGGGUCUUAGAGAAGUCCAGCUAUAUUUUGUUCCCACAGUGGCAAUUUUGGGAUGACACAGCUCUGAGCACAUUAUCCUGCAAUGGAUGGAUUCUCCAGGUUCAUACAGCGUCCUGGGAACACAUGCUGCCUGACUUGUAGUCGUUUCUUCCUCACCGUGAAGUCAAGAGAUGCUUAAAGAUGAAUCUUGAUCAGUUUUCAUCUGGGCGUGCGUAUGUCUAUGUAUGUGUAGUUACCUACUUUACAGCAGGAGUGGGGUGGUGGUGGUAGAAGCAGUCUCUUACAAAUGAUUUUUUUCCUUCCAAUGCUAUGUUCUGCAUCCUGUCUGUAUUUAGGUACUUGCAUCAUCCCAUCAUAACAGGAUGUAAGCACCUCACGGUCUGUUUUGCAUUUUUUUCUAACAGCAAUUCUGUCUAAGCGUGGAUGGGAAAAUGUCUUGGAUGCUUUUUCUAGCUUCUGCAGAUCUCAGUUUAUUGAAGAUGUUAAAAGGUGCUUAGAAAUUGAGCUUUAAAUGACCCUGCAGGAGGGCUAUGGCAAAACAGGGUCUUCCAAGUGCAAAAUCUACUCCAAACAUUGAAAUUCCAUUGGUUUAGGCUAUUCUUACUCUAAUGCGUCUUACAUUAAUAGUCCAGGUAAAGCCUAUGGAGACAGCUAAGCAGGUGGUGAUAUUUGGUCAGAUACCAGAAAAAACAUUCUCAUUUUUGGCUUAGCAUUGACCAGUCACCUUAGAAGAAUUUCUAUAGAUGAAAAGACUUCUGUAAGUGCUACAUACCAUCACUUAGGUAAUACAAGCAGGUAGGUAUCAGAAAAGUCUUAGAUAAACAUUAAAGAAAUGUAAAAUUGCCAAUGACUUACAGAUAUGUAAAAAAUAAGGGAGAGCACAUCAGAAUUCCAGCAUGUGUGCUAUCUGAAAGUGAUUUCUGUUUAACUUGUUUCUGGACACCUAAAUGCACCAAUGUAUUGGAUACUUUUAUAAAAAAAGACUUAAUAAUAAUCUUGAAAGUUUUACAUGUCAAAAACAUACAUUGCAUAAUAGUGAUUUGCACAUCAACAAAAGCUGAGAUAGACAAUACUGAAUCAUGCACUUCCAGUAUAAUAGAAUGAAUCCUUAAAGUAGUUUGAGUGCAAUUACUUUAAAAGGUGUUUUAUCAAUAAAAAUCAAAUAAAUGUGAUAGUACCACAGUGGUGUCCCCAUUCUCACCAGUGAUUGUAGUGGGACGUCUUCUCCCCUGAGAAUGGACAGAGAAAUUCUGGCCCUCUUUGGUCCCCCUUAAUUUCUCAGGAUAGGAUUUUGGUCAUGUGUAGAUAAUGAUCAGUCUUUGUGUCGGCCAUAAGCCCAGAAAGUAAUGAAUGCCAUCAAACUCAAACCGCUUCAUCACAUGUGUUUGUGUAUGUUUGUUUUUUUUCCCCUGAAAUUCCAAAUAUUUAGUGGUAUCUUAUUAAAAUACUUGCUGCAUAUGACCUUUAUUACACCACAUCAACAACUAAUGACUAUAUCAAUAAUAGCUGAGUGUUUUACUAACACAUGGUAAGUGUGAAGCCCCGGAGCUAACUGUUCACAUCGUGGCUGACAAACCACAGAUGAACAAGCGCCCCUCUGCCUGUGGAGCAUGUUGCUGUGGAGUGAAACUGCAUGGUGGGGGGAAUCUGGGGUAAAAGUCUCAUGUGUAUGUAUUUCAGUUAACUUUUUUUGUUUAUUGGACUUUUAGAACAAACUACGUUGAUACUCUUCUUUGAUUUUGGAAAUCAAAGUAAAACUCCAAUAUUGAAGAAAACCAGAAUGAAGUUGCUUCUUUUCAGUUAUUCAGCAAAAUAUUACUAGUGCUUUCAAUGGUAAAUAACAGUGCAUAUGCUCAUUUUCUUUGCAGUUAAGCCAAUUAAAUGUUUUUAUCUCUCUAGCAAUACCUUGUAAAUAAACAAGUAGUUUUCAUGUCCAUGUGUAUCCUGUCUUGGUGUUAUAGUGCUCUGCCCAUUGUUAAAUACUGAUUUUUAUUUUGGCUCUGAAGAUUUUCCCUCCACAUAGGUAAACAAUCACAUAAAUAAAAGCAUUUUUUUGUUUGUUUUCAUGUGUGUGGGUGUAUAUUCAUACGAGACCUUUCAUUAUUUGCAUCACAUUGAGCUCAUAUUUUUUUUCAAGCGAAACCUUCAGAUUUUCUUUGAUGCUAUCAAAUACUUCUUUUCUUUUAGAGCUGAUACUUUGUGCCCAGGCAGUGGACACCUCUCAGCCUACUACUGAUCCUCGUGACAAAUGCAAUAACCCCUGCGUCACUUCAUUUAUGCCGUUUCACUCAAACUAGUAUGUUUUCCAAUCCACAAAAGGAAGGUAGCGUGCUUCCCCAAAUAUUACCACUUUUUAUGAAAGACAUUAAUAUUUAUCUUCCAACUAUUUAACAGUUACUUCUUAGAUAAACAAACAAAGAGUGCUUGUGCUUUUCUUAUUUGUUAUACCUUGGAAUUUGUUUCUAGAUUCGUUUCUAGACGUUUAGCACUGUCAUUUUAUGAGAAAGAAAAAGUGAAUGUGACACAGUAACUUAUAUCAGUGAAAAAUGUGCUGCAGGGCUCAUUCAGUUCUUGCUUCCACGGGUGCAAAUCAGGAGCGGUACAACUGCAGCAGAGCCACUUGGGUAUAGUAAGUAUAAAAACAUCACAGUGUGGAGAAUUCGACUUUUUUUGCAGCUUAUUUGUCAGGCUGUGACAGAAGCAACAGCAGCCUGAAAAAUAAAAAGUGACAGCUGUGUAUUAAGCAUCCAUAAAUAUUUUAAGUGUAGCCAAAUAUUUUUUAAAAUUUUUAGUGCGUUUCUUGAAGUUUAGGAGGCAAGACUACCUUUUUUUUUUUUUCUUUUUUUUUCCUUCUUAUCUUCCCUCUUGUCACAGAGUAGCGGUGAGUUUACAGGAGCAAUUCAAAAAGCUGACACACUCCCUCCCCCCUUUUUUUUCCUUCUUUUUGUGCCUCCUUGUCUUCUUUGAGCGCCAGGUGUUCUUUCCAGCAGCUAGGAAGGUGUGAUUGAGAGACAAGUGCCAUGAAUGAGACCGUGGACCUGCCGACAGAAGGGAAUUCCCUGAUCAGAGCUGUCUACCAGAGCCGACUGCGCCUCACCAGGCUGUUACUGGAAGGGGGGGCCUACAUCAACGAAAGCAACGACAGGGGUGAAACCCCUUUAAUGAUUGCUUGUAAGACGAAACACGUGGACGCCCAGAGUGUCAGCAAGGCAAAGAUGGUUAAAUAUCUGCUGGAAAACAAGGCAGAUCCGAACAUACAGGACAAGUCUGGAAAGACAGCCUUGAUGCAUGCCUGUUUAGAAAAAGCAGGGCCUGAGGUGGUCUCUCUGCUGCUGAAAAGCGGAGCUGACCCGAGCCUACAAGAUCACUCUAACAGCUCUGCGCUGGUGUACGCAAUAAACUCUGAAGACAAAGAGACCCUGGAAGUUCUUCUCAAUGCCUGCAAAGCCAGAGGAAAAGAGGUAAUCAUAAUCACAACAGAUAAGUCUCCAUCAGGAAGGCAAACAACGAAACAAUACUUAAACGUGCCUCCUGCGGACCUCAGUGAGCACUGUUCCCCAGAUGCCUGCACGUCCCCAUCCGAAAUAGAACUGAAAACAUCUCCACCCCCACUUUCAAGCUCGAAUGAGACUAAAAGUGCACUCUUCAGCUUUCAGGAUCUGGACCAUCCCAGAAGCACAGACAAUCCGUCUCAGUCAGUCUCACUGAGAAAUUCCAGCCCAACCAAUGCAGUCUCCAAGCUGGCACAAGUGCAGCAGCUGCAUUCUGAACCUUGGAUAAAGAGCUCUCCGCUGUUCCACCAGAGUAAAAUUGCCUCUUUACAUGGAGAGAUCCAGGAUGUAACUCCAGAAGAGCUCUCUUUUAAAAUCAAUGGCCUUGCCUUGUCAAAGAGGUUCAUUACCAGACACCAAAGUAUUGACAUAAAAGACGCUGCUCAUUUACUGAAAGCUAUUGAUCAAACUGCAUCGAAGAAAUCAUCAUAUGAUGAGUUGAACUCUCAGACUCUUUAUGGCGAAGAGAGGCUUUUCCGCAGUGGGAUUCCUGUGGGUAAGGAUUCCAGUUUAGGACAGAUCAGCUUCAUUUCAGACCUGAGUAGUAUUAUCCAGAAAAGAAACUUAGGAGCAAAUCAUUACAGCUCUGAUUCUCAGUUAACUACUAGUCUACGUCCUGCUGCUGCGGAAGACAUGAAGUCAGUGAUAGGAAAGAAGAAGAUCAGCUCUGCAUCUCACUCUUUGUUACCAAGCUCUAGAGAAUUAUUUGAGAGCAUGCCGCCUCUUCCCCUGAGCAGAAGAAAUCAGACUGUUCUAGAAAGACGGGGUUCAGGGGCUUUGUUACUGGAUAACUUUUCUCAGACAAGGCCAGGUUUUCUUCCACCACUGAAUAUGAAUCCUCACCCCCCAAUUCCAGAUAUUAGUUUCCUAAAUAAGGUUUCUGGGGUGAUUUCUUAUGGGCAGAAACACUUGCUACCAGCAGUAGCUUCUUCCUCUAGGGAGACCAAAAGUAAAAAAAUGCUGCUAAGGAGGCAGUCAUUGCAAACUGAGCAGAUAAGGCAAUUACUGAAUUUUUAACAGGAGAUAUGAAGGUUUAUAACAUCCUUACAAUAUGUACAUACUUGCCUACCUAUUUAGCUGUUACACUCCUGAAAAGACAGCAGGUCUGUAUCAUAAGGCUUGCUGUCUUGGAGUGAGUUAAAUAUCUUAAUACUGCUUAAAAAGAUAGGCUUAACUACCUGUCUAAGUGAAGCUGUUUUCUGUAAAUGGAGGAGUGUUUAUUACAUUGUUUUCAUAGUAUUUUCAACUUGAGCAUUGAAACCUUGCCCACAACAGGAUGAAUCUACAAAGGACAUUAGGCGCUGCAGUUCUCAUUUUUGGGUUGGAGAUACUGUUCCUGCAAGAUUUCCCCAAAUACAUAGGCUCUUUCUCCACCCAAAAAUGUUGUACAAAUGCUGGACAUCAAAGCGUGGCUGUGGCCAAGCUGUGUGUUAUCCACAGACCCCAGACACUGACAGUGUCAUGCCUAUGCGUGGGCAAGUCUCUGCCAGCAGCAUCUUCUGGCUCCAGUGGCCUCGCUGCAUGUUAACAGGCAAAGACUAAGAAAAAACUCACAGAGUACUGUUACAUAUGUAGCUUCACCCGUGAAAUCCCAAAGACUGGGAGCCCGUUGGAGGUGCCUUGCUGCCCGCCGGGAGUCAGCAGCGCUGAGCCUGAGAGCUGGACUUCACGACACGUGGCCACGAUCCAGCACGGAGCCCCGAAGGGGUUGGGUUCCCUCUCAUCUGCUGUACAAUGACCAAACCCUGCUUGCAGCCUCAGAGAGGCAUGUCAAACAAUUUGGGUCUAUCGAGCUACUUGAGUGCUGGAAUUUGCGCAUUAAAAAAAAAAAAAAAAAAAAAAAAAGGGGGGGGGAGAGGCAGAAGGCAGAGUGUGUAUGAGAACUGGGUUGGUUCUGUUACUUUCUGCAGUUCCAGACUCAACAACCUGAUCUCCAGAAUACAUCAUCCUUCUCCCCAGCCACAGGUCUAGGCGUCUUUUCAAGACAGGAUACAGAUGGUUGGAGACAGAUUUUUUGUCUUGCUCUGUGCUUAUGGUCGCACACCCAUGCCUGGGACAAGCUCUGUCUUGCUGCUCAGGCAUUGCUAAAGAAAUCCAUCCAGCAGCUCGGGUACUUGCCUGGGCAUUCAAAAUCCUCAUUUUACCUAAUUUGAAGCAAAAGCCUGAAUCUGUUGCAAACCAAAAACGUACUUUUGCCUCUGAGGUAUUGUAUAUAUCUCUGUUUUUAAGUAUCUCUAUCUAAAAGGUGUUUUUCCUUCCCAUCUAAAGUUUUGUGGUUCCAAACAUCUACCUUGUAUUUGUGCAUAUUCUGUAGAAGCUUGGUUUCGGGUGUCACAUGUAGCAUUUUAUAGCUUGUCUUCUAAAGAUUGAGAAGUAUUUAAUGUGCUCUGUUUUGCCAAAAAUUACCUAUAUAUAUAUAUAUUUACACAUAUAUAGUAUCGAUGUCUGUAUAGUGUGAAUUUCUGUGUAAUGAAAUGACAUACACUUUUCUGAAGAUAGUCAGUGGGUAUUACCUGCCUUCUUGCCACUUCAGUCAAAAUUCACCCGGUCUGUGAUGUUGCCUAAUAAGUAGCUGUGAUGUUGUUUAGUUUUGUUCUUAGUAUAAGACAAUUUCAAGUAAGAUGAUAAAUGUAUUGUCUCUGUAAGAACCUUUGGAUGUGAAAAUAUGAAAAUGUCCUAAAGUUCGUAAUGUGCACAUUCUGAAGAAGGAAGCGUGGAUUAUAGCUCAACUCUUACACCACUGUAUGUAAAGUGCUGGUCUGAAACUACAAAUUUAAAUCUUAAAAUCAAUUUUGCAACACCAAACCCUUCAGACAUCUAGAUUCUAGGGAAUAAGCAAA